UCGUCAACCCUCAACACUGUCCACUCUAACCUACAAAUUCGGGUUAACCUCCUUCGACCUCGCCCAUUGCUGCACACUCUUCUCAUUGCCAUCUGCUCUCUUGUUCCAUCUGGGUGUUGCUUCUCAGUCCAUGCCGCGGUUUACAUUUCUUUCGCCGACGACGUACUUCACAACGGGCAACCACUAGUGCCUAAACAUCGAGACCACCUCGCCAGCCUCGGCAUGGCGCCCGACGUCAACUCCCUCCCCUCCUCCCCACGCGCCGACCGUCCACAACCACCACCACCACCAGCCCAGACGGCACAACCACCACCAUCAUCCCUCCCUACCUCCACAUCCGCCUCACGACGAGCCUCCCAAACCAUGGGUCCCCCGGCCGCACUAGCGACGACAACGACGACGACAAUACACGGCCACCAGGUCCACCGCAGCCCGGUCAUAAGCAGUAACGAGCAACUCGGCAUCCCGCUACGCCAUCCGCGCCCGCUGACGGCGGCGGAGUUGUAUCUGGAGUGUGAGAAGGAGCAGGAGGCGGUCAGGAGGGUUGUGUGUGUGUGGGUGUGGGGCUAACAGUAAGUGGGCACAGGUCAACCGACUCAC